AUGUUGCCAUGUGGGAAGAACCUUGGUGCAGUUCCUACAUAUCUAUACGGAGCAGCACAAGAGGAGCAGUGCACGCUGGAUUCCAUAAGAAGGAAGCUGGGGUACUUCAAGACCAACAGGGAGGGACAUGAAUGGGCAGGUGGGUUGGAGCUGGAGGUGGUGCCUAUGAAGCCAGACGCAGGGCCACUAGAGGUCAGCAAAGCCAAACGGGUUGUAGCGGUUGGGGCGUGCGGGUGGGUCAGUAACUACAACGUGCCAGUCAUGUCAACUGAUCUCAAGCCAGUGAGGAGAAUGGCGAGGAAGGUGAGCGAGAGAGGAGGGGUCUUGGCUUCGGUGCAGAAAAUGGCUCUGGUGCACGGGGCAGGGGUCAUAGAGGUCGCCUGUAACUUGCUGAAUCCAAGCCAUGUCGGAGGAGAUGAUGUUCAAGGACUGAUCGAGGGGCUUGGUAGAGAGGAAGGUCUGCUUUUGGGAAAAGGGUAUUACACUGACUAUACAGCCGACCAGAUCACUCAACGAUACAAGGACUCAUCAAAAAUUCAUAUCAUACAUAAGUUGUUUGUGUUCAAAACUUUUAAAGUUUUUUUUUUGUGUUAAAAAAUUAGUGUCACUGGGUUUCUAA